AUGGGGAUGCGACGAUCCCUUGUCGCUUUUAUUCUCAUCCCACUGAUUUUUUCUGCGUCUGCAGCCUCUACUCCAAUUCCAAACUGUCCAGACUUAGAUGUACUCGAAAAUCAGUCAGAUCUCUCACAAGAUGAUCUCAACAACUUGAUUCUAUGCUUUUGUAAGCCAGACCCCAUUAACGAUGAAAAAGUUGCAAUUUCCUGUCUUUACGGAUCAAACCUGGACCACCUGAUGAAAGCAACAGAUGCUGUGAAAAAUGCGAGCCUCAUAACUUCAUCGAUCAGCAUCCAACACAUGGAAUUCCCGGAAGGCGGUCUUCCAGAAUUCGGAAAAAUCGCUCCAGAACUCCAAAGUUUGGAGAUUCGAGAAUGUUCGGGAACCGAUGAGCUUCAAAUUGGAGAUGACAGUUUUAAGGGUCUAGAACAGACUUUGAGAAAUUUGACAAUUCAUUCUUGUAAUCUACAGACAAUCCCAAAAUCGGUCGACUCUCUGGAAAACUUGGAAACGAUGGCUUUCUCGAGCAACAAGCUGGAUACUCUUGGAGUUGAUCAAUUCAAGAAUAAGAAGCAGCUCUCCUACCUGGACGUCUCUGGAAACUUUAUCACCUCUAUUGAAGAAAAGGCAUUCGAACCACUGACAUCCCUUGAGACCCUUGUUAUUGGAGAACACAACUUUGUUAAUGACACGGUAAUUGAAGAAAUCGGACGACUUAAGGCGCUUAAGACCCUCGACCUGUCCCGUGCUGAUGGAAUUUUCGAACCACCAGAGUCUCUUUUCAAGGAGAUCCCACAAAUUGAGACAUUGAAACUAUCUGGUUGCUCGAUUCCAACACUUGAACCUGGGCAGUUUGCUACGUUGAAAAAGUUGAAGGAAUUGGAUUUGAGAGUGAAUUUGAUUGAGAAUAUCACGGCGUAUGCAUUCGAUGGGUUGGAGAGUUUGCAGAGAUUGUCUUUGGCCGGAAAUUUUAUUUCAAAUCUGGAACCCGACGUCUUCUUUGGAUUAUCAAGCCUUGAAGACCUCGAUUUGGGAUGGAACGAGAUCAAAACAAUCCCAUCUGAAGUGUUCAAACCAUUGGUUGAUAAACUGAAAAUCUUCAGUAUCCGCAAUAAUCCAAUCUCUCAACUACCAGCUACCGGGCUCUCAAACCUCGAGAAGUUGGGACUUGCGGAGUGUGGAUUCACUUCGAUAACUGCUGACCAGCUUAAGGAUUACCCGAAAUUGCAAGAUUUGGAUCUUUCAAAAUGCAAUAUUUCAAUUAUUGAUGCUAAUACGUUUGAGAAUCAGAAGGAUGCUUUGAAAAAGUUGAAUUUGCAGAAGAACAAGUUGAAGUCGCUUCCAAAUCUGGUUAAAAACCUGCCAGCCAUCGAGACCUUGGAUGUUUCAUCAAACCCAUACAUCUGCGACGGAGAGCUAGCACAUUUCGUUUUCGGUGUAGAAGACCGCGUGAAACAAUCCGAAGAGAACGGUCACACAUUCUUCAUCUCUAACGCUAACGAAACCGUCUGCGACCGCCCGUAUUCCCUACGAGGAGAGGCUGUUCUACAAGUUGACCCAGACAAAUUCCAGCCUUAUGAUGAGAAAUCAGACACAACAACCGCACCAACAACUACCACCACUUCAGCAGUGGAGGAAACAACGACCGAGUUUAAGAUUCCAGAUCUCCUUGUUGGCAACAAGACAAGCGAUGUGUUGUUCAAGGAAGAGCCAAGACGAGAUGUAUACGAUAUUUCAAAGACGGAUGAUGCAAAGGGUGUUUAUUCACAGAAGGGUACCUACGCCGUCCCAAUCACAAUUGGAGCAAUCGGACUGGUCACAGUGAUUGUCAUUGUGGCAGUUGUGUUGUUCAUUAAAAAAAACAAAAAAGUUGGCGGAACCGAAAAGUCGGGCGGAAAAUCCGACAAAGUAGUGAAAAUGGAGGAUGGAAUGGUGGAAAUCGAGUUGGACUCUCAGCCAGGAACCCAGCAUGCGACACCAAGACGAUAA